GUGCUCCUGCGGCCUGGGGCUGAUUCACCCCACUAAAGCCUGCACCAUGCCACCCUCCACCCUCCAGGGCCCGACCCUCAACAUCUACACGGUCAUUUUCGGCACCGGCGUCUUCAUCUUGGUGCUCAGCCUCGUCUUCUGCUGCUACUUCAUCAGCAAACUGCGGCACCAGGCGCAGAGCGAGCGCUUCGGCUACAAGGAGGUGGUUUUGAGAGGCGAUGCCCGCAGGCUGAACGUGCACGGGCAGACCUGCGCCGUCUGCCUGGAGGAUUUUCGGCUGAAGGAGGAGCUGGGGGUGCUGCCGUGCCAGCACGCCUUCCACAGAAAGUGCGUGCUGAAGUGGCUGGAGGUGCGCUGCGUGUGCCCCAUGUGCAACAAACCCACGGCGGGGCCGGGGCAGCCCCGAGCCGGCAUCGGGACCCUCCUGGACGAGCUGGUGUGA